AUGGCUGAACCGGAAAUGCAACAUGCUCACCGAUUGUCGGCUGACAACCAAAUCGUCUCGAAGGCUGAGAUUCCUUUGAAAGAACGUUUCUUCCGUUACUUUCAACGUGAAAUCACUGCUUUGCAGGAGAAGAUCGAUGGUGUCGCUGAUACAACGCUAGUCGGUGGUGAGCGCGCUGAUGUCACAGAUCAAUGUCGAGCCGGAAUCGUGCGGCUGUCCAAUGAAGUCAGUGAUGCAGCGAGCUACAUUCCUACAUAUGACCAGAGAGUCUAUGCAGAGGCAAUCAAAGCCCUGAAGAACAAACUGAAUGAGACAUGUGCCGUAUCCGAACCUCGGUCGCAGUUCAGCUUCAAGACCAAGCAGAAUGACUCCUCCAUCUCUCUCUCUGACGCCGCUGCUUUGGCCACUGAAGGUCGUCGCAGUACCCCGGGCUACCGCUUCCCAGGUACAUCGUCCAUCGGGUCUUCUGGCAACCAAACUCCGAGUGACCCAUCUACCCCCUUCAAUGAACCAGACAAACAGCGGCAGGAGUGGCCAGAAGUUGAGCCAACUUCAUUCCCGGUAAUCUCGCCCACGGAGGUGCUGGCUAAAUCUCAACUAGAGACGGAGCCUGUCCCGGCAUUCGCAGCUAGUGGAGUAUCCUCUGUGUCUGUUGACAAUCAUCACAACCUCCACAUCAUGCUCCCGGCUUCGGGUUCAACGUCUACAGUUCCUGUAUCCAUUACCUCUCUACGGCAUUGUAUCAUUGACAUGACGAUUCCCACCGCAGACGGGAAGCCUUAUGCUAGUCUGACCGUCAAGGGCGUCCGAGAAAGCUUGCUGAUUUGCGGCCAAGUUGGACCAGCGUAUAUGACCGGGGUAGAACACAGUAUAAUUGUGGUUUCAUGCCGCCAGUUCCACAUGCACCACUGUACCGACGUCGACGUCUACAUCAGCUGCUCGAGCAAUCCCAUCAUCGAAGACUGCUCGAAUGUCAGAUUUGGCCGAAUACCAAAGGCAUACGCCCUGAACCAUGACCACCUUGAUCAUCAAGACCACUGGAAUGAGAUCGAGGAUUUCAAGUGGGCUAAGCCUGAGCCCAGCCGGAACUGGAGCCUUCUGGGCCCUGGCGACGUGGUUCCGGAGGAAGUCUGGGCCGAGAUCGUUCCAGGUGGGCCGGGAUGGUCCCUGGAAGAUAUCCUUCAUGCCAUCAGAUUGGUGAAGACAUGA